GCCAUCUCAGCCUCUUGGUUUGCAAUUCUUGCAUCUUCUAUGAUAGAUGCUGCAUUUUCUGCAACAGCACAACAAGCUGUAAUAUUCACGGCUAAAGCAGUUGUAAUUGCAGCUGAUCUCGCGAUGGUAGCUGCAUUUUGCGCAGCUCCAGAGAAUUGUAGUGCAAUCAGGGCCAACUCCCCGCUUGCUCCCUCCGCAGCUUCUUGUGCUCUUUUUGCAGAAAUUUCAGAUGCCUCAGCUGCACUGUUUGCUGCGGCUGCUGCUGCAGCUGCACUUAUUUUCCCUUGUGAAAAUGAAGAUGCAGCAGUGGCUGCCUCGUUUGCAAGAAAUGAAGCAUCUUUUGCAGCUUCUUCUGUUUGUGUUGAUCCGCCUGAUAACGCAGCUGUUGCUGCUGCAGCUGAACUCGCCAAUGAUGCUGCUGCUGACGCAGCAGUUGUGGAUGCUGCCACAGCGGUCUCUGCUGAUCUUCGGAUUGCAACUUCUGCUAUUGGUUCAGUGACUGUGCUAUCACUUGAAAGGGUGCUGUCAAUGCUCAGGGUGCUGUCACUGGAAAUGGUGCUAUCGCUUGAAAGGGUGCUAUCACUGCUCAGCGUACUAUCACUGGAAAGGGUGCUAUCGCUUGAAAGGAUGCUGUCACUGCUCAGUGUGCUGUCGCUGGAAAGGGUGCUAUCGCUUGAGAGGGUGCUGUCACUGCUCAGUGUGCUAUCGCUCGAGAGGGUGCUGUCACUGCUCAGUGUGAUGUCGCUGGAAAGGGUGCUAUCGCUUGAGAGGGUGCUGUCACUGCUCAUUGUGCUGUCGCUGGAAAGGGUGCUAUCACUUGAAAGGGUGCUGUCACUGCUCAGUGUGCUGUCGCUGGAAAUGGUACUAUCGCUUGACAGGGUGCUGUCACUGCUCAGUGUGCUAUCGCUCGAGAGAGUGCUGCCACUACUCAGUGUGCUGUCACUGGAAAGCGUGCUAUCACUGCUCAGUGUGCCAUCGCUCGAGAGAGUGCUGUCACUGCUCAGUGUGCUGUCGCUGGAAAGGGUGCUAUCACUUGAGAGGGUGCUGCCAAUGCUCAGCGUACUUUCGCUGGAAAGGGUGCUAUAUCUUGAAAGGGUGCUAUCGCUUGAGAGGGUGCUGCCACUGCUCAGUGUGCUGUCGCUCGAGAGGGUGCUUUCACUGCUCAGUGUGAUGUCGCUGGAAAGGGUGCUAUCGCUUGAGAGGGUGCUGCCACUGCUCAGCGUACUAUCGGUGGAAAGGGUGCUAUCGCUCGAGAGGGUGCUGUCACUACUCAGUGUGAUGUCGCUGGAAAGGGUGCUAUCGCUCGAGAGGGUGUUGUCACUACUCAGUGUGAUGUCGCUGGAAAGGGUGCUAUCGCUUGAGAGGGUGCUGCCACUGCUCAGUGUGCUGUCGCUCGAGAGGGUGCUGUCACUGCUCAGUGUGAUGUCGCUGGAAAGGGUGCUAUCGCUUGAGAGGGUGCUGUCACUGCUCAGUGUGCUGUCGCUGGAAAUGGUGCUGUCACUGCUCAGUGUGCUGUCGCUGGAAAGAGUGCUGUCACUGCUCAGUGUGCUGUCGCUGGAAAGGGUUCUAUCGCUUAAGAGGGUGCUGCCAAUGCUCAGCGUACUUUCGCUGGAAAGUGUGCUAUCACUGCUCAGUGUGCUGUCGCUCGAGAGGGUGCUGUCACUGCUCAGCGUACUAUCGCUGGAAAGGGUGCUAUCGCUUGAGAGGGUGCUGCCACUGCUUAGAGUACUAUCGCUGGAGAGUGUACUGCCACUUGAAAUUGUGCUUUCACUGUUCAUUGUGAUAUCACUUGAGAGUGUGCUGGCACUGCUAACUGUGCCAUCACUGGAAAGAGUGCUGUCACUAGAAAGGGUGCUAUCGCUCGAGAGUGUGCUGUCGCUGCUAAGUGUGCUGUCACUGGAAAGGCUGCUAUCGCUUGAGAGAGUGGUGCCACUGCUCAGCGUCGUAUCGCUGGAAAGGGUGCUAUCACUUGAGAGGGUGCUGUCACUGCUCAGUGUGCUUUCGCUCGAGGGGGUGUUAUCACUCCCCUGUGUGCUGUCACUGGAAAGGGUGCUAUCGCUUGAGAGGGUGCUGCCACUACUUAGCGUGCUGUCACUGGAGAGUGUGCUGGUGCUUGAAAGGGUGCUAUCGCUCAAUAGUGUGCUGUCACUGCACGGCGGGCAAGGCUUCAUUUCAUAA